AUGGCUGAAAAACUUUAUGGUGGAGCUUACCUCUCUCCCUUUGUUGAUGCUGUUUUGGACAACCUGACUUCAAUACUUGAAGAAGACGACUCUUUCCUCGAAAGGAACAACUUGCUUGGAAGGUUACAGAAUUGUCUGUAUGAUGUUGGACCUGUUCUUGAUGAUGCUGAGCUGAAGCAGUUCACUGACAAGAAAGUGAAGAAGUGGCUUGUUGAUCUUCAAGAUGCUCUCUUUAUGGCUGAUGACUUGCUCGACGAACUCUUCACUAAAUCCGCUAUUGCUGCCACUCAAAGGGAUCCAGGUAACUCUUCCUCUGGGUCUCGCCUUGUUGAUUCGUAUAUUGAAGAUACUGGUGACAUGGAAAAAUUAGUUGGCACACUAGAGUCUGUUGUAAGACGCAAAAAUUAUCUUCGUCUGAAGGAGAGUGCCAAGGUGGACAUGUCAUGGAGAAUUCCAUCAACAUGUCUUGUUGAACCAUCGGAGAUACGUGGCAGGGAAGAAGACAAGGAGGCCAUACUGAAACUGUUGUUGGAUGAUGAUGAUGAUGCUGAUGGUGAUUUAUCUGUCAUUCCCAUUGUGGGCAUGGGUGGAAUAGGAAAGACUACUUUGGCCCAAUUGCUUUACCAUGAUGACAAAGUGAAGGAGAAUUUUGAUUUUCGAGGUUGGGUUUGUGUGUCAGAAGAGUUUGAUGUUGUCAAGGUCACCAAGACUGUAAUUGAGGCAAUAACUUCAAGUUCUUGUAACUUGACAGAUUUGAAUUUACUUCAGCUUGAUUUAAAAGAAAAGUUGUCGAGGCAAAAGUUCUUUAUUGUCUUGGACGAUGUCUGGAAUGAAAACUAUGAUGAUUGGAAUACACUUCUAAAACCUUUUCAGAAAGGGGUUAAGGGAAGUAAAAUUCUCAUAACUACUAGAAAUAAAAAUGUGGCUUCUGUCGUGCAAACUGUUUCACCUCAUGAACUAAGUUUAUUAUCUGACGAAGAUUGUUGGUUGGUGUUUUCAAAGCAUGCACGUCUUUCAACUGUUUCUUUGGAGAAUCCAAAUCUGGAAAAAAUCGGCAGAGAUAUCGUAAAGAAGUGUGAUGGAUUGCCCUUGGCAGUUCAAGCCCUUGGAGGCAUAUUGCGUGGAAAUUCUGAUACCAGAUAUUGGAAUCAUUUACUGAAGAGUGAAAUCUGGGAACUCUCGAAUGACAUAAUAAAUGUUGUUCCAGCGUUAAGGAUAAGUUAUUAUUUUCUUCCUUCAUAUUUGAAGCAGUGCUUUGUUUAUUGUUCCUUGUAUCCCAAGGACUAUGAAUUUAGCAAAGAUGAAUUGUUGUUGUUAUGGAUGGCAGAGAAUUUUUUACAACCAGUAGGUAAAAAGACCAUGGAAGAAGUUGGUGGUGAAUAUUUUGAUGAAUUAAUUGCAAGAUCAUUUUUGCAACCUCAUAGUACUUGGGAAAAUAAAUUUGUGAUGCAUGAUCUUGUCCAUGAUUUAGCAAUGACAUGUGGUGGAGAAUUCUAUUUCAGAGCUGAAGAGCUUCGGAAUGCAGUUGAGGUUGAUAUUAAAGCUCGUCAUUUGUCACAUAACGCCAAAGGCAAUUAUCCAAUGUCAAAUCUUUUGGGAGUUUGUGAUAGACUAAAACAUACAAGGACAUUUCUUGAACUCAAUUUGAACGAGUGGAUUCCAUUCAACAUGGAAAAUGCACCUUGUAUCAUGUUGUCACAGUUAAGGUACCUGAGAGCUUUGUCGUUCAAAAGGUUUCCUCUUGAGUCGGUGCCUGAUUCAAUAGGUGAGUUGAUUCAUCUGCGUUACUUGGAUCUCUCUUUGACGGACAUCGUGGCAUUGCCAGAGUCAUUGGGUAACCUAUACAAUUUGCAGACCUUGAAGUUGAAUUUCUGUAGAAAGCUGAAAAUGCUACCUGUUGCCAUGAAAGACCUUUUAAAUUUGCGGCAUCUUGAUAUUUCAGAAACUCCUUUGGAUGAGAUGCCGAAAGGCAUGAGCAAGUUGAAAAAUUUGCAGUUUUUAAGUGGCUAUGUUGUUGGAAAGCGUGAAGAGAACAAGAUCACCGAAUUGGGAGCACUUGCAAAUCUACACAAAUCAAUUUCCAUUCUCAAAUUGGAGAAUGUGGUGAACAUCAGUGAAGCUUUGGAGGCAAGAAUGUCCGAUAAGGAUGGCAUUGAUUCUAUAACGUUAAGUUGGUCUUCGAAUGAAGAGGAGACUACAGUUGAUUCCGAAAUGGAAAGAGAGAUACUUGACAAGUUACGACCUCACACUAAUUUGAAAGAGUUACGGAUCAAUGGUUACAGGGGUACAAGAUUUCCAGAUUGGGUGGGACAUUCUUCCUACCACAACAUCACCAAAAUAACACUGGAUGGUUGCAGGAGUUGCUGUAUGCUUCCUUCAUUUGGACAGUUGCCCUCGUUGAAGCACCUAUCAAUUUCAAAUUUUGAAAGUCUGGAAAGUGUGGGUGCUGAGUUUUAUUUUAACAAGAAUGGCGAAUCUUGUUUGGAGACACCACAAUUCCCAAUGCUUGAAACUCUUUCGAUUCAGUCAAUGCGUUGCUGGAAGGAGUGGCGUUCAUUGGAGUUCAAUGGGUUUCCUCGACUUGGGCAUCUCACCAUAAGGGAGUGUCCGAUGUUGAGAGGAGAUUUGCCGAAUCAUCUACCAUCUUUGCAAUCACUUCAGAUUAGCCAUUGCAAGCAGCUGAGUUGGUGUGUUCCAAGAUCUCCUGCAAUGACGUCUUUAAGGAUAGGAGGCGGGAAUGAAGUGAGAAUUGGGGAACUACCUUCUUUACUGCGUGAGCUAUCAAUUGCAGGAAACCAUCACGUAGAGGCCAUAAUGCACAUGCAACUGAGUUGCCUGACGUCUUUAUCCAUUGCAGAUUGUUCCUCCCACAUAUGGUUUCCAGUGAGUAGUAUUCCUGCAUCACUUCAAAAGUUGACGAUAUGA